AUGAGCAAACAAAUGGUUUCUGAAUGUUCCCAUCCGAAUCAACGUAUAAACACAUAUACAUCAGUCGGAAGUGUGGAAGGCACACACCCUAAUCCCCAAUUAAGAUACAUAACAGAAAGUGGACGGAUCGCAUACCAUCCAGCCUAUACAUUAAACGAGAAAAUUUAUGAACGCAUCGGUCGUGUACAUACAAAUACAAAGCUCGAUUGA